AUGUUUUCUUUUAAUUUCAGAUCGUUCAACAAUUCAAUAGAAGUUAGCUGGACUAAUGCCACACAGCUCAUUGAUGAGGGAUAUGUGAAUCUAGAUGUGACAACAGUUUUCUGGGCCUUCGGUUUCAGGGGUAGCGAAACAACUCAAGGAACAAAAGAAUUUGUUGAAACUACCUUAAGCAAUAGUAAUUGGUCUGUCGUAGUUGUUAACUGGCCGACGGAAGCUGGCAAUGUUUUAAUACCAAAUUAUGUCUCAGCGGCUCAAAAUACCCAAACCAUUGGCACGGAGUUAGGACAAGCUAUAUCUACCAUGGUGGCUAGCGGCCUAAAACCAAGCAACGUAAUAUUAGUGGGGUUCUCUUUAGGCGCACAGAUGUGUGGUAGAGCCGGUUUUGUUAUUCAAAACAUCAUUGGACAACCUUUACCGUUGAUCGUAGGUCUCGACGCAGCGAAGCCCCUAUUCGAACCUAUCCAAAUAUUUAGAUGUAUAAAAUCAACUGACGCCUCUAGUGUGAUCCUUGUCCACUCAGAUAUGUCACUGUUCGGUGUGUCAGGCAGCUAUGGAACACAAAACUUCUUCGCUAACGAUCCAUAUUAUACAUCGCACGGUUACCAACCAGGGUGUAGUUUGGCCAACACUUUGUUAAAUCCUAUCUUUUUGUUUGAAAACUUUAAUUUUUUCCGUAUAGUAUUUUGCAGUCACCUCCGGUCGGUGGAGUUCUGGAUAGAAAACAUAAUAAAUAAUUGCACAAUUAUAGGCAAUCAGGCAAGUAGUGGAGCUGCCUGGCUGCUCUCAGGGGGAACACCAAAUAACCUCACUUGUCUCGGCUAUAACGCAAGCCAGAGCGCCAAAGGAAAUUACUAUUUUCGGACCAAUGCAGAGCCCCUUUAUGGUUUAGGCAUAAAUGGAACAACACCUGUGUAA